AUGUGUAGUGAUAUACUUGGAAUAUUUAUUAAUCCCGAAGCACAUCGAGCAUUAAUUGAUGUACUUAUUGCUCGCAUUAAAAAAUAUGGAGAUAAAGUUAAUGCCAUUGCUGCUUGUGAAGCAAGAGGUUUCAUCUUUGGUCCUCAGAUAGCGCUUGAAUUAAAACUACCAUUUAUUCCUGUACGAAAGCAUGGAAAAUUGCCGGGACCAGUAUGUGUCACCGAAUAUGAACUUGAAUAUGGUAAUGAUACGGUGGAAAUACAAAAGAAUGUUCUUAAACCUGGUAACAAAGUUAUUUUAUUAGAUGAUUUGUUAGCAACCGGAGGAACAUUAAGCGCAGCUAAACGUUUAAUUGAGCAAAUCGGUUGUGAAGUACUCGAAAUAUUUGUAGUUAUUGAAUUACUCGGUCUUAAAGGACGUGAACGAUUAAAUGGAAAUGUUUCAUCACUUAUGCACUUUAGCGAACAAGAUCUUGAAGAACUAGCAAAAAAUAUUACUAGCUAA